GUUUCUUCAACGACGUCUGAAGAUUGACUUGAAGAAAUUUAGUAGAUGUCGACCAGCAGUAGAAUUCAGGAUGCGUGUUUAGUCCUAUUUAGGACUCGUCAUCUCGGUGUGUCUGCAUAUUCAGUGAGAUUCGAACCCAAUACCCAUCGUUUCAAACUCCAGACACCACCCUCUACUGGGAAUAAAGAUAGAGAAACUCACGGUACCUUUUAUGUUUCUUCUUUAUUCCCCCAAUGCACUGCUGUUGGAGAUUCUGGAUUUUGUGUGCGAAGAAAUCACUAGACGAAACAUGGUUGUUGGCAUUCCGGUAUAUUUAAACAAGGAAUUUCUUUUCAGAUGUACAUUCAAUAUUCAUUUUUUAUUUAAGGAAUUCUACAGAGCUUCUAAUAAUUUGGCUACGGAGACGCUGAUAGGACGGAUUUUAGCUGACAUUUUUCUCGCUAUAUUAGAAAAUAGACGUUUGAAAGGUGUGGUUGUUGAAGUGGAGUCCUUUUAUCGUUACAUGAUUGCUACAUUUCUGAUUAUGAAAAGUGGGAAUGAAGCAAAGAAUAUCCAUGAAGAUUUUAAUAAAGCCCAUACUGAAAUAAAUUUAACUUUUCGUAAAAAUAGAUAUAACAAUAUUUCAUUCCUAGAUCUCCUUUUUACUAGGGAAGAUGACUGUGUGAUAAAAAGGAGUAAGCAUAGAAAACGUAUCUCGACUAGUGAGUAUGCAUUUGAAGUAGAGUAAUUGAUUCACAGAGCUGGAGUAACCUGCGAUAAUAACUAUCAUAAUGAGGAACUGAAGAUUAUCGGAGAACUGAUCUGUAAAAACAGAUGUCCAAAAAGGUUUAUUGAAAAAAAUAUGAAUUUAACGACAAGGUAAGCUAGUAUGUCAACUGCUCCGCAGAAGACCUUGUUCCUAAGACUGCAGUUACUUGAUCAUAACAACAGUGAAAUAAUAAUGCUACGCCUUAAGAAUAUAGUAAAAAGAACUGAUACGAUCCCACAUAUUUUGGUAUUGACUGUU